AUGGCAAGUCCUGCUCACCACCCUGGACGUGUUAAAUGGUUCAAUGUGAAAGCAGGAUACGGGUUCAUUCAGGAAGAAAACACGGGUACAGAAGUUUUUUGCCACGCAUCUGGUCUCACCCAUCCUCUUAAGGAGCGCCCUCCCAGAGAAGGAGACCAAGUUCUUCUCGCCGUUAGGAUGGGAGCUAAGGGAGGCGUAGGACGUAGCGCCAGUCAGCACAACAUCUGUCCCUUCGAAGACCUGUGGAACCGUGGGGAUCAUCGCCAGCUUCAGGAAUUGAUCCCUCUCAUCCUGCAGCACAACGGCCUGCCUGCAGUUUAUAUCCCAAAAAGCGCCUUGUCUGCCAACACCCGCGCCAACACAAGGCUCUCCCGGCGAGGUCUUCCCGGAGCUAUGGGGGAGACAGAGGAGUCACCCGUGGCUGCUCCAAACAUCCAACAACCAGCAACAGGAGCAGAAGCAGAGCCAACGGGAGACAAACCCCGGAACUGGAAGGAGACUCAGGACGACAAGUCGGAGAAUGAGCAGGAAAGGCGAAAAAUCAAGCAGAAGUCGGUGUCAGUAAGGGUGUCGAGAUGCGGCAGUGGAUUGAUGACGUAUGCGGCGUCAAGCGGAGGCUGA